AUUGCACAGUCGUCGCGCAAAGUUCGCCAACAGAGCUGUCGGCAGCUUCGGAAUAGUCUUCGCCCGUUCAAGCGCGCUUUUGUGUUGCUAAAUUAAAAACAAAAAAAAAAGACGAAACAAGUGGUUAGAAACAGAAAUCAAAUAAAAGGAAACACAGCUGUUUUAAAGUGACUAACAACAAAAAAGAGUUCAUUAAAUAGAGUUGCUUACGUUUUAACCAUGACGUCAGGCAUACGACCCAUUGAUGUGCUGCUGCAACGCGCCGGUAUGCGCGGCCAUCAGCGCGCCCCAUCCGAUUCGAAGGAGUUCCAUGAGGUAACCAAGCGCGAUGCACUGCGUCUGCUGGAAAACGACGUGGAUCGUCUGCUGCAGACCACGGAACCGGCUCGUCGACCAGCACUCCAAGCUGAAAUGGGUCGAUUUGCGGAUCUGUUUGGUCGCUUCCUGCAAGAGGAGGGACCAGCGCUGGAUUGGAAUAAAAUCCAAAAGCUGCCCGAAAAUGCGGUCAUGAACUACUCCAAUCUCAAGUCGCCCAAAAACGAGCAGAAUGAGAUUCGCAAUAUGUUGGACAAACUGGUGGUCAUUAAGCUGAAUGGUGGUCUGGGCACCUCGAUGGGUUGCCAUGGACCCAAGAGUGUUAUACCUGUGCGUUCCGAUUUGACAUUCUUGGAUCUGACGGUGCAGCAAAUCGAGCAUCUGAAUAAGACAUACGAUGCCAAUGUGCCGCUGGUGCUGAUGAACUCCUUCAAUACGGAUGAGGACACGGAAAAGAUUGUGCGCAAGUACAAGGGCUUCCGCGUGCAGAUACACACCUUCAACCAGAGCUGCUUUCCACGCAUCAGUCGCGAGCAUUUCCUGCCGGUUGCCAAGGAUUUCGAUGUGGAAAAGGACAUGGAGGCCUGGUAUCCACCUGGUCACGGUGACUUCUACGAUACCUUCCGUAACUCGGGUCUGCUGAAGAAGUUCAUUGGCGAGGGCCGGGAAUACUGUUUCCUGUCCAACAUUGACAAUCUAGGCGCCACCGUCGAUCUGAACAUACUCAACAAGCUGGUGGGCGAGGAGCGCGCCAGCACGCCAUUCGAGUUCGUCAUGGAGGUCACCGACAAGACCCGUGCUGAUGUCAAGGGUGGCACGCUCAUACAAAUGGAGAACAAGUUGCGCCUGCUGGAAAUCGCCCAGGUGCCUCCAGAGCAUGUGGAUGACUUUAAGUCUGUCAAGACCUUCAAGUUUUUCAAUACCAACAACAUUUGGGCCAAUCUGUCGGCUAUCGACCGUGUGCUGCGUGAACGCACGCUCAACAUGGAGAUUAUUGUAAACAACAAGACACUGGAGAAUGGUCUACGCGUCAUUCAGCUGGAGACGGCGGUGGGUGCGGCCAUGAAGUGUUUCGAUGGCGCCAUCGGCAUCAAUGUGCCCCGUUCGCGUUUCUUGCCCGUGAAGAAAUCGUCUGAUCUGUUGCUUGUCAUGUCGAAUUUGUAUACGCUUAAGAAUGGCAGCCUGGUGAUGUCGCCGCAGCGCAUGUUCCCCACCACGCCGCUUGUGAAACUGGGCGAGAAUCAUUUCUCCAAGGUCAAGGAGUUCUUGGGUCGCUUCGCCAAUAUACCCGAUAUUAUUGAACUGGAUCAUUUGACGGUCAGCGGCGAUGUGACCUUUGGUCGCGGCGUCUCCUUGCGCGGCACUGUGAUUAUUAUUGCCAAUCAUGGUGAUCGUAUCGAUAUACCCGCUGGCGCCAUACUGGAGAACAAAAUUGUGUCUGGCAAUAUGCGCAUCUUGGAUCAUUAAUGUAUAAAUAAUUCAUAUGUGAUAUGCCAGAAUCUGUCGUUAUCUCUGUAGCGUAAUUAACUAAGUUUAUGUAGUAGCCAUGUUCAAAGUUCCAAAUUACGAGUUUCAUUUAGCCAAUUGUUGUAAGCACAAAGUGUAAUCUAGUGAAGCCGCAUCAUAUAUAAUUGUACAUAGUUAAGUUUGAAGAACAAGAAAUUUACAUAAUUGGCAAUGUGCUUUCAAAAUUAA